CCAAGACGGACGUGAAACCAUUUACUUAAACGAAGUUAAUACUUUGAAUUUGCAAUAUAAUUUUAAAUAAUACAACUGUUAGUUAAAAUUUUCCAUAUUUUUAAAUUAAAUAAUAAUUACAAAUGUAUCUUUUUCCACAAUUUUCAAUCUUUAUUUUCUUCCUUCAACUUUUUUCCAACCAAAACCCUAAUUUCACAACUCCUCAAGAAAUUGUGAAAAGCAAGAAACAUUUCACCUUUUUUUUGUUUUUUUAAAUUUCUUAAAAUUAGUUUUCUUCUUUGUAGCUCUGUGCUUUGUUCUGCUGUAGCAGAGAGUUAGCCACAGUUAAGAGUAUCAGUAUGAUCUUUAGAUUCACUGAAUUUGUUUAGUUGGUGUCAAUUUUGUGGGGUCCUUUGUUCUGUUGUAUUUUGUAAAGAUUAUAUUCUUAUUGUGGUCAAAGAAAAUAAUCUUGCUGUUUUUAAGUUUCAAUUCUUGCAAAAAUUUGAUCUUUUCUAGUGGGGAUUUAAGUACCUAAGAGGUUUCAAGGUUUAGGGGUAGUUUGCUCUAUUGUUUUCUGGUAAAGAUUGUAUUUUUAAUGUGAUUUCUUGCUCAAAGGAUAUUUUCAAGUUUUAGGGGUAGUUUGCUCUAUUUUAUUUGGUAAAGAUUGCAUUUUUUUACUGUGGUUUCUUGCUCAAAGGACAUUUUCAUGGUUUAGGGGUUUUGGCUUUUUUACUUAUUUGAAUAGAGGAAAAAGGAAUUAAUAGCUCAGGGAGUACUUUUGUUCUAUUAUAUUUAGUAAAAGAUUGUAUUUUUACUGUGUUUUCUUGCUGAAAGCAAUUUUUUCUUGAUUUUCUGAAGUUUCAGCACUUGAAAGAUUUGAUCUUGUCAAGUUUGGAUUUAAGUUGUUAAUAGCUUUCAGGGUUUAAGGGUUUUGGGUGUUAAUUAUCUGUCUAUGAAUGGAGGAGAAAGAAGGGCUUAAUAGUUCUGGUGUUACAGUUAAAGGUAAUGAAGUUUCUGAAAACUACAAAAUGGCCCCUGGAUUUACUGAAACUACCAAUGGGUUUACUGGAGCAACGGCUGCGGUAAUACCUGCGAAUCCAAUGAGCGUGGCAGCACCGUCUAUGGACGUGAAGAAGAAAAGGGGAAGGCCUAAGAAAUAUAGGCCAGAUGGUUCUUUAAAUACUGCAUUAUCACCAAUGCCAAUAUCGGCGUCAAUCCCACUUUCAGGAGAUUUUGCAGGUUGGACAAACAGUGGAAGCCGCCCCGUUGAAUCCUUUAAGAAGAAGCAGAAGUUUGAGCUUGCAAGUCCAGGGGAAAGGGUGGCGUACUCUGCUGGUGCAAAUAUGUCACCGCAUGUGGCAUACUCUGUUGGUGCAAACUUUACACCGCAUGUAAUUACUGUUAAUGCUGGCGAGGAUGUCGCGAUGAAAAUUAUUUCAUUUGCUCAACAAGGGUCUAGAGCUAUUUGUGUGCUGGCUGCCAAUGGUGCAAUUUCAAAUGUUACACUUGGUCAGCCUAAUUCUUCUGGUGGAACUUUGACCUAUGAGGGCCGUUUUGAAAUUCUUUCUCUGACAGGAUCGUAUAUGUCUAGUGAUAACGGAGUAACAAAGAGCAGAUCUGGUGGGAUGAGUGUCUCUCUCUCAGGCCCUGAUGGUCGAGUUUUUGGAGGUGGACUUGCAGGCAUGUUGAUGGCAGCCGGUCCUAUUCAGGUUGUCGUAGGAAGCUUUAUUCCUGGUCACCAGCAAGAGCAGAAUCCUGAGAAGCCGAGGUUCAAGCACGCAGCUACUUUCGCUGCUACUCGUGCAACUCAAAUUUAUGAAGAACGAACUGAUGGAGCUUACACUGGGCCAAGUACCAAUUUUACUUCUCCGACUCCCUUUCCUGGGGAUAACACGGUAACACAGAACUCCAUACAUAGCGCAAGAAUCUCCGCUGUAGAAAAUAAUAUUUCUAUGCCUGGAGAGGAAUCUAAUGAGCAAAGUCCAUCAUCUUGAUUUAAUCUGAUGUUAUAUUAUCGAUGUAUUCCUGUAACUUAAAUAGGCUUAUUUUUUAGCCUACUUGGAACUUUAGGCUUACCAUCCCUCUGUGUGACAAAUAUUUAAAUGAGACUUUACUUUGGUAGGAUGUACUAGGGCAUAAUUUGUGUCAAAUUAACCUAGAAGUUCACACUUUUUAUAGGUUUUUGGCAUUGAACUUUCGCCAAGUAGGAGCUUUUAUUAUUACUGUUUUCUGUCUGCUGUGAUUCCAUGUAGAAGCUUUUGUACGAAAUUGGAGAAUAUCAGUCUAACAUUUGGUAA